GUAAGUCUCACUUUUCCCCACAUGAAUGAAGAAUGUUUAAAGCAAUGGAAAGAUUCUUUUGAAAAGUUGGAAGCGAUAUUGAGUUGUGCUAUUUGUUGCAAUCCGCUAAAACACCCAACACUUCUUAUAACUUGCUGUCAUAUAUUUUGUGAGUCUUGUAUAAAAGAUGCACUUGCUUAUGCUUCAUAUUGUCCAGUCUGUAAAGGAACAGCUAGUUUGCAAUUCUUAUGUGCAAUACAAGUUCCCAAUAUAUGCCGUAUUGUGGAAUUACUUUCCAAGAUACGUGAAGUAGGAAUAUUUCAAUCAUACACUAGUGGGGUGCCAUUGAGUAGGAACAACAAGAGACCUUUAAGAGAGUGGAACGAGCAAAGGAAUCUGUCAUUGGAUUGGAAGAGUGCCAAGUUUUCAAAUAAAGCAAACGUGCAGUCUGUUGUUGAUAAGGAUUGUGAAGACUCCACCAUAUGCAUCUUACCUACUGGAUUGGAUGCCAAACAGUACACGUUUCUUAAAAAAGUGAUAGCUAAACUGGGUCGAGCUUAUUUAGCGACAUCCUUUCAUACUCAAGUGACGCAUGUGAUAACUGGCCAUUAUCAAGUGGAAGAAAAAGUAAAGAGAACCAUGAAGUUGUGCAUGGGAAUGGUGAACCGUUGCAAGAUACUCAGUUUUGAAUGGCUUAUUCAUUGUCAUAUGGCAAGUGAUUGGAUAAAUACUUUGGACUUUGAAAUGAGAGAAACUCGGAGGAAUAUAAAGGACAAGUUCCCAGUAAAUAUGAACUUGAACAACNGAUUACUUUAGGAGGAGGACAAAUUACAACUGA